CAGCAACUAAUUUGACAUCAAUCAGAAUGUUUUGCUCACCUGUUCUAUUUGUUGCUAUUUCUGUGGCUUGUGUUGCUUCAACAGCACUUGCACUACCAACGAAAAUUGACAAAGAGACGGUCUUCACAGUUACAAUAGUCGAUGAUGUAUCGAAAUUUAAGGAUCUUCCAGCAGGAGCUAAGUUAAUUCCUCUUAGCCAGAGCCGAAGCACUAGAGAUGCUAUAUUGUACACUUUAGGAGAACGCAAAAAAGGUGAUGCUAUAGUAUCGCAGGCUUCCGACUCAUUAACUUUUAAAACACCACAACGCGUAGUGAUGAACUUUAAGUAUCCAUCUGAAGGCGAAGUCACAGCAAUUAUUACUUUUGUUCAAAUUCUGAUAGAACAAAGUAAUAGUGAAGGUCGAGCUUAUGUUGUAUCUGGGGGUAUAGGACAGCGGAGUAUUGAAAUGAUUGUGGAAGCUUCUAACACCACGUUAUUAAAGUUUACCUCCACAAUUUAUGGGAUAGAAGAUUAAUUUACCUAUUUUUCAAUACACUACUUCCAAAUAAUUAUCACUUGUGAUCAAUGUUUUGAUUAUGUUUUGAAUAAAUAACCCUCUUGAGUGAGAAAUCUGCUUAAGAGAAAAACCUGCUUA